GUAAAGCGCAAUGUCCUUUGUUGGCUACUGCAGGCUGCGACGCUCGGUAUCUCCCUCACGGUUCCCGCAUUGCAACAUACAUGAGCCCCAAGGCUGCACUAAUCGGCAACUAACCUGGUGCUAGAUCACAAACACCUUUCGCCUUAGGUGGCUUUCAACCUGAGAGCCAUUGCGCCUUAUUGCUUGGGAAACCCUUGCCCUUGGUCUUCUGUGCUCCGAGACGAAUGCUGGUUAAGCUCGAAAUGUCACAGCAAAUGAACAUGCUUCGACAGUCAGGUUGCAAUGCAAGAUAUCGUGCCUUUCGACUGCGGGCUCCAGGCCCUCAACGGCACGUAGUAGCCAUGUCACUUCCCGAUAACGCGGUACCUCUCCCAUACCCAGCUGCACCCGAAAUUCAGGCUAAGCUGUUUAGCUGCACGCGGUCAACGGUAACAGUUGACAAUUCCAGUCAUCCGCGCUAUACCGUUAUAACUGUCAAGGCCCCCGACACGCCGGGCCUGGUACGAGUGCUGUCAUGGGUGCUGAACGGCAUGAGUGUCCGUGUGCAGCACGGCACCCUGGCCUCCGAGGGCCCCGAGGGCGGCGCGCGGGACACACUGUGGGUGACGGACUUCCGCGGUCGCAAGCUGCGCGACAGCAGUGCGGCCAGCCUGGGGUCGCGACUGGAGGACUUCCUGGUGGUGUGCGGCGGCGAGGAGGCGGGGGAGGGGGAGGGGAGGCAGGAGUGGCAGUGCGGCUCCAUAGAGGUGUCCAACCGGCUGCACCCCGACAUGACGCAGGUUAUCAUCCGCGGCGAGCCCUCCGCGCACAAGCCCGGCUUCCUGCUCGAGCUGGCCUCCGCGCUCACCGGGGUGGGGGCGGUGAUCGUGGCGGGGGGCAUUCAGGGCGGCCCGGACGCGCCCUGCCCCGAGGCGGCGGUGGCGGAGCCGGGCUACGACUUCAGCGCCGGGCGGUACUUCAAGUUCCUGCUGAAGGGACCCACGGGGGGGCAGAUGGACGCCGACCGAGUCGCCUCGCUGCUGUUCGUCCUGCGGCUGCUGCAGGGGCGCGGCACCAUGCCCACUGUGGCACCCAACAUGCAGGCGCUGCUCAAGCUGGACAGCCUGGCGUGAAGGGGGGGAGG